AUGUCGAACUCUCUGAGAGGACUGUCAAGGAUGAUCCAAAAUGAGAAGGAUGCGUGGGUUACACGGUACAGGACUACCUUGUUCCUUCUUACCACGACAACAACACAACAGAAACCUGUUGGCACAACCGCACCUUCUCACCAAGCUAUGCCUAAUGAUGAACAAUGGUCUCGACCGAUUCCCAGGGACUAUCUUUUGUCGAGAAUGUGGGGAGAGCGUAAAAGCUAUGAUCCAGACAACACAGUGCGACAGAAAUACGAGAGUCUCCCAGAGGUCACACUCUCUGCCUACGACGAGAUCGGCCGAGAAGAAUCAAGCAUUCCAGUACUAAAGCAGCGGGCAUACACUGGUAGGAUAUUACCAUCCGUGAUCGCGGAUACUCCUUGCGCUGACCUAGGUGUCGAUGGAAUGUUGGGCAAGUUCGAUGGCCCAUCCCGCACUCCAGACAGCCCACUAUACAAGGCAUGCGAAGACUUUGUCACGAAAAGUUGCGACUUUGGCACUGCCUACGCUCAUUUGCGCCCGCGUCUAUACGAUAUCAUCAGUAUCGGACAAGUCAGCGAUGACAUGAAAGCACGGGAGGACGAUGAAAAGAUGCGACAGAAUAUGUGCAUCAAUAAACAGAUCACUGACGCACCCCCUAGGCGUGUCUGGGAUCUGGUUGCUAAUCGGGUCAUGCCAUGGUGGAUAAAACGCAAAUUCCCGUGGGCCAUAUCACACACCUGGGUGGACGAUAACGAUCUCAAGGGGGAGAUGACACCAAUAAAUGGAUAUGAAUGGCCCGUGCCGAUGCCGAAAGAUGCGGACCUCAAUCUAAUCAGGAUCGAGAUGCUCAGGCUCGGGGCGGAGUAUGCCUGGUUGGAUAUUCUGUGUUUGAGGCAGCAGGGUCAGGGCGAGGACCCACGCGGUAACCCAAGCCAGGAGGAGUGGGAUCGUAGGGAGGCUCUGCGCAAGGAGGAGUGGAAAGUCGACAUUCCAACGAUCGGGUGGAUAUAUCACAAGAGCAAUCAGGUGGUGUGCUACUUCAGCGGGCUGGGUCUGCCCCUGAGUUUCAAGCCUGGCGACUUUGAGAGCGAUCGGUGUUGGUUCAACCGAGCGUGGACGCUUCAGGAGAUCACCAAAAACUCGGUCGUUGCUGGGAAGACCCGUGACGAUAACAGGGUCGACGAGAGGUUCAUGACAGAGGACAUGCGAAAGGUGUUCGAUGAGAAACUGGCAUCUUUGAAGGAGAUACGUAGAGAAGACUCGAUACUUGACGUCUUGUUGCAAAUGCAGAAGCGGAAAUCAACUAAACUUGUCGAUAAAGUUGCCGGGUUGGCUUACCUCUUCUACUCGCAGUACAUCCCAAUCUACGAUGCAGACCAGUCUGAAGAGGAUGCCUGGACCGAACUGGUGAAUAUCACGCAGUGGCGGUUUCGUGGAGAGUUAUUCUUCUGCUACCCUGGACCUGGGAACGGAAACAAAAUCUGGUGUCCAUCAUGGAGGCAGGUAAUGAUGGAGAACCUUUCCGGGUUGAUAUUACCUUUGCAUUUGGACAUAUAUGGCCGCGACAGCGUAUAUCUCGGGCGGAAGAAGGAAGAUGGAGACUACUAUGAUGGACCCUAUAUCGACUCAUGCAGAGUACGGGGAUUGUCUGACGAAUCAACUCCAGAGACGCCCCGACAUGGAGAAUUAGAUGUCACUGAUCGUUCCGGGGAAAAUUAUACCUUCGAAAUUGUCGCCAACCACACAUUCCCAAUACCCGAUGGCCUGUAUACACUCAUAGGCACCUCUAGCUAUCCCUAUUUCAGAGUAGCGGUCAUUGGGAAAAUAGAGGGACCCGAAAAGAAGUUUAGGAAAGUGUCAGUGAUCAAUAUGGGCGAUGAAGAAACAGCGAAGAUUAACAGGCUUCACGUCAAGACGUACAAUAAUAUGACUUGUCUCCUUUGA